AUGCGGACCUUGAGAUGGACCUUGUUCCUGCCCAUGUGCCUGUCUUGCGGCUACGCCUUUAUGUUUUCUUCUCUGAGGGAGAAUGUCAAAGAGCCCCCCGGGAAGGUGCCUUGCGGAGGGCACUUCCGGAUUAGGCAGAACCUACCAGUCCACGCCCCAAGCUGGCUCGUCAGCAAGUGGCUCUGGUUCUUUUUUAUUAUUCUGCUGUAUGUAAUUCUCAAGUAUCGAAGAGAUAUUGAGAAGAAUAAGGGAAAGAUCCUUCCUAGCCCUCGAGGCUCUCCGGUUCGUGCUGCACCGAAGAAGAACCAGGGUGCGUGCCCCAGCAAAAACUACGCUCUCCACACCUUAAACCAACUUGAGAUGGACCUCGUGCACCUCAUGUCCAAGGUGCGGAAUCUGAAAAUCGCCAUGGUAACUGCCAGUGAACACAAGGUGCAGAACUUUGAGAGGCCCAUAGGCCCACAUAGCAAUGUUACCAUCUAUGAGAUAUGGGGUGAAGAAGAGUGCGAAUAA